AUGGACGGUUGGGUAUCGCGUUACGGUUCGCCGAGAACUAUUACAACAGACCAGAAAAGCCAGUUUGAAUCACGAAUUUUUUCUGCUUUUUUGCAAUUAAUUGGUACUGAGCGCAUUAGAACAACAUCGUACCACCCGGCUUCUAAUGGCAUGGUGGAACGAUGGCACAGAACGCUAAAGGCGGCAAUAAUGUGUCAUUCGGACAAACAGUGGAUAAAUUCUCUGCGUAGUUAUGUUGGGUUUACGCAACAAUGUGUUGGACUCUGGAGCAUCGCCAGCCGAAUUCGUUUUCGGUACUACGUUAAAGGUUCCGGAGAAUUAAUCCUUCCGGAGGAUUUUAGUCCAAAUCGGCAGAUUUUCCUAGAGGAAUUUAGAGAACACAUGCGUAAUGUGAAACCAAUUCCAGUUGAACACCGUCAUAAACGAGAGAUUUUCGUUCAUAAAAAUAUAUACACUUGUUCUCACGUUUUUAUUAGACAAUCCAUGAUAAAAAAGUCACUCGAACCUCCGUAUUCGGGAGCUCACAAAGUCAUAAAUCGAACAUCGGAUAGAGUAUUCGAAGUUGAAGUAAAUGGCUUAAAAAAACAAAUUUCUGUGGAAAAUUUAAAGCCAGCGUAUUUUAUUAGAUACGACGCACUUAUUGUGAAUAACGAAACGAAUAAUAGUCUAAAUAAUGUACAGUCGGGUCCCCAUACUGUUACAUUUUCAGAAAUUUCCCACUUCUCCAGACUCAGCUCUGUUAUGUGCUCAAAUUAUGCUUACUGCGCACCUUCCAGGAACGUAAAUAUAUACACCUCAAGUUUGGCCUAG